AACUCAGGUUUGUGGGUGUGGGUGUGAGGUUGUUCCCCGUUUGAGACACGAUGAUCAAUGGGCCCAAGCAAGUCCGUAAAAUGCCAUCGCCGGCGGCGGCAUCUCCGUCCACUUCGCUGCAUUUCCCGGCGACUUCUCGCCAAAAACCCAGCUUCAUAACCAAGCGCAUUCGGAUUCCUGCCCUAACUUCGAAAGAGCACGCCCGCAGAGUCUCGCUCUGUGCAACGCCUAUGGACAGACGAAGCCAAGCAAUUGUGGACUCGAGCAAUCGAGAAGACAAGUGUUGGGUUCAUUUUGUGGGCAUCGGAGGCUGCGGGUUGUCUGCUCUUGCCAUGCUCGCUCUCAAACAAGGGUACGAGGUGAGUGGUUCGGACAUUAUGUGGAGCAGCUUCAUGGAUGGAUUACACGAGGCCGGUGCAUGGUUAUAUGUAGGCCAUUCUGUAUCUAAUAUGCAAAAGCAUAAUGGGUUGAUCUUGCCAAAAGCCAUUGUUGUGUCAACUGCCAUUCCCCAAGAUAAUGUGGAGAUUUUGUAUGCCAAGUCUGUGGGAGUCCCUGUUUACAAGCGAGACUAUUGGUUGGCAAAGUUGACGGAGCAGUACAAUCUCAUUGCUAUUAGUGGAACUCACGGGAAGAGUACAACAGCGAGCAUGCUUGCAUAUGUAUUAAAGGCAAUGGGAGAUGAUAUUACUGCUGUGGUUGGGGCUCAUGUGCCUCAGUUUGCUGGAGGAAAUAUCAUUUGUGGGAGUGGUCGCAACUUUGUAUUGGAGGCUGAUGAAUAUGAUGGUUGCUUCCUGGAAUUGCUACCUUAUAUCGCGGUGGUAACAAAUGUAGAAUGGGAGCAUGUAGAUAUCUUUGAAAAUGAGGAGGCAGUUAUAUCUAUUUUCAAGAGGUUCCUGACGCAAAUAAGGGCUGGUGGACAUCUAGUUUUAUGUGGGGACAGUGUAGGAGCAUGUUCUCUGCUGGAUCACAACAAACGAAUUACUGGACCAGACAAUUCAAUCUGUGUGAAGUCGAGCUUGGAGCCAUGCAGUGAUAGGUACAGAGUAACAACUUAUGGAAUUUCGAGUAUUAAUGAGUGGCAUGCAUCAGCAUUACAUUCAAACUCGCAAGGUGGAAGUGAUUAUCAGCUGUGCCACUGGGGUUGUCCGGUGUCAGACAUCAGCCUGCAGAUGCCAGGGGUUCAUAAUGUCCUGAACUCGUUAGCGGUGGUUGCCACCGUGGCUACUCUAUUUAGAGACCAAAGGCCUAUUACUGAAUCAGUUGAUUUUGUGCGGUUACACUUGAGCAAUUUCAAAGGUGUAUCUAGACGUUUUGAAAUGAUUGGCAAAGUUCAUGGAUGCCAUAUUUUUGAUGACUAUGCUCACCAUCCAUCAGAAGUCCGUGCUGUUCUUCAAGCAGCACGGCAGGGGUUCCAAUAUAAGGAACUCGUGGUUGUAUUUCAGCCUCAUACCUACAGUCGUCUUGCAACACUACAGAAAGAGUUUGCCAAUGCAUUCAGCGACGCAGAUCUAGUAGUUGUAACAGAGAUUUAUGGUGCCAGAGAAACGAAUCGUUGGAAUAUUAGCGGAAGGGAUCUGGCCACUGCUAUAAUCAACCCUUCAUCUGAAUACAUCCCUUCUCUGGUGGAUGUGGUAGAGAAGUUGUCACUUUACAUAUCCAACGACCCCGAUCGUGAAACCCUCAUCUUAACACUUGGAGCAGGGGAUAUUACAACUGUGGGCCGUGAGUUGUUACAGAAGCUGCAACAAAGAUUACAGAAAUCAGACUCGUAGCAUGUUCCUCGGCUGCAGCUACUCAACUCAUGAGCACCGAACUGUUGAAAAUUUGGAAAAGGAGCAUCAAACCAGUAUUUCCAAGGUGCAGAUAUUGACAGGCAAUAUAAGUCAUUGCAGGGUCUUGCACUGGUUCUUGCAUUUUGGAGAUUCAGAUUAUACGGUGACUGUCAUCAAAAUGGUAGUGACAGCAACUGCAAGCGAAGUUACCUAUUCAUGUCUAAAGGUAAUGGGGGCAGCGCUCAUAUUUCGGCACAAUUAUAAAAGUUGAGGUCCACAGGUGAGAUGACCGAGCGGUGAGGUAAGCUUUUUCAACAGCAAUUUUUAAAUUUAUUUCUACUGAGAUUUCUAGAGAGAACAUUACUAGAACCGUUGAAAGAUAGUAUGUAACGCAGAAUACUGCCAUAGUUUUGAGUUCAAUUUACUCAAACAAAUCUGAUUUUCGA